GAGGAAGAGAGAGAAAGAGAGAGAGAAAGAGAGUUAGAGAAAGAAUAUGAAAGAGAGAAAGAAGGAGAAAGAGAGAGAGAAAGGGAGAGACAAAGGGAGAGAGAAAGGCAGAGAGAAAGGGAGAGAGAAUUGGCGAGAGAAAAGGAGUGA